UACCUGAAGUAGUUCCAGGAAAACAGCCACGUUUCUAUCACAUUGAAUAUUGCCUUCUACCAGAUGAUGAGGAGCCCACACGUGUUGAUUUGAUGCUCUUCCCCAAGGUGGCCAGAUUGUUCUUUGAACCUGAAGUCCAGAAAACAAUGAGCACAGAGCAGCGGAGGUUGAGCCGACUGUCAUUGAUUGUCACAACUAUGAAACCAUGGUAUGAAAAUGAUCAUAUAUGGGUAUCGUGGAACCAUACUUUCAAGAUGAGUGUUACAAAUGCCUUUUUGAAAAAGCUACUUCAUCACAAAAUAACCCUAAAAAUAUGGGAUUCCAAGGACAAACUUAAUCCAAAGGUUAAGAGAGGUAGACCAAGAAUUUCUGAACAGCUGGAUGAAUUUGACUAUGUUGGAGUGGAAUAUUUAGUUUCGAAGCAAAGAGAACUUCUUGAACAGCAGCAGCCAAAGCCCAGCGUUGUUAAAACGAAAGAUAGUAACGUAUUCCGUCGGCCGGGUAAAUUUUCAAGACACCCUAGUGCUGCAGAGAGCAAGGCUGUAUCCAAGGAAGCUAAAGAAUGUGCGAAUGAAUCAACUCAUCCUUCCAGUGCCAAGACUGUUACAUCCUCGACUACAAAGGCAGAUGACUCAAUAGUCACUCGUAAGAAUGUUUCUAGAAGCUUAAAAAUUGCUGAAAAGAAAAGGAUGUUGUAUUACAAGGCAAAACAGCGAUCAUAUUUUAGGCAUUCGAAGCUGCAGAAGUCAAUUAAAGAGAUUAAAAAGCGUGCAGUGAUUUCCCAACACUCGUUUUCCACCUGAACUCAUAAAAUGACCGAUGCGAUCCCCACCUGACCAGAUUUUUAGAACUUGUCUUCAACCAAAAAUCAUUAUGCCAAUAAAAAUAACUAAACUGAUGUCCGCAAAUGGUGACCACUACAGAGGAAAGCUGCCAUUAGUGGGAAGUGCUUCUCCUUUGUAGCAGUCUCAAAUCCUUCUAUUUUCCGUACUACU